AUGCAGAAGCCCGAGCCCGUUGACUUCCGGGAGAACAAAUUGGCGUUGUGGAGAUCCCCGGAGGCUCCGCCGCCGAUCGUAAGCCCCCUUGGCCAAAAUUAGCAUCCUUUUGUCUGUCUACUUUCUGAAACUCAUCACGGGGAUCGCCUCGCGGAUUCCUGCUCUCGGCUCGCAGGGUGCGGCUCUGGAGAACCUCGGCAAUACGUGCUUCCUCAAUGCGGUCCUCCAAUGUGUUGCCCACACCGUCCCUCUCCUGCAGAGCCUCCAGUCGCCACCCCAUCCGUACCCUUGUGCCGGCGACAGAGGUUUGCGCUCCUCUCUCCACUCUUCCGUCUACAGCUUUCAUACUAAAUUUUGAUCUGUGGGUUUUCCAUAGCGCACUAGGGUUUCGUUUGCGUCAGCGUCAAUGAUGAUUACAGCUAUUUAUUUCUAAGUUUGACUUUUGAGAUAAUUGGAAAUUGAAGGCACCUUCUCUGGCGAAGAACCGAGCUUCUGCUCCCUCUGCGCGCUGAGGCAGCACAUCGACGUAUGCAUGCAUGAAGAUGCGAAUGUUGUCAAGCCGUGUGGGUUUGUCAACAAUCUGAGCAGUAUCCUUCUUUUACAUGCGCACAUGAUCCGUGUCCCCGAAGCAGAUCUCCCUGUGAGCUUCAUCAGAAUUUUGUCGGUUUUUUAACCGUUUAGGUUUACAGACUUUUUGGAAAUUUAGCCUCCAGAUUGCCUGCUGAUGCCCGUAUGUUUAGGAAGUCUCAUCGUCAUGAAUUCUUUGAAUCUUUUGAUUUAUUUGGACGUGAGCCUUCCGGAAAUUUUCAACUAGCUAACAUCUUUUGGAAUCAUCUGAAUUUUUCGGUUCAAAAUGUUCAUUUUGGAGAACUUUGAAGAAGUCCACACUGUUUCAAUUAUUUGAACUUUUUGGUUCACAUGGAUGUGGGUCCGGAGGAAAUCAUGUUGAUUUUUUAGAUUAUAUUCUCAAAUAAAUUGACCUUUUAUUAUAUGGAUAACGGAUGAUUAAAUAUUUAACUCACAUGUUUUUGAAUUAUUUAGGUUUUUUAUCACUUUUGAAUUUGAGCUUUGAGGAAUUAUUUAUGCAAUGAAUUAUCUGAUUUUUUAAUUUCUUAUAAAAAUGGGUUUCAAAGAACUGUCCAAUAUACUUGCAUGUUUUCAAAAUUAUUCAAUUUUCUGGCCUUUUUAUGGAUUUGGGCUUCAGAGAAUUAUCUAAGCAUACUUUGAUAUUUCCAAGAUUAAUCAAACUUUUGGGCUCUUACAGACGUGGGUGUUGGAGAAUUACUCGAUCAACUUUAAUAUUUUGAAAAUUAUUUGAAUCCUCUGAGUCAUCAUAUGGACCUGGGGUUUCCGAUAAUUAUCCUUUUUAUUAAUCCACACAUUUUCAUAAUUUCUCGAGUCUACAAACAUCGCACAGUUCAUCAAGUGUCGUGCUUGUGAAUUAUUUUGUGUUGUUUAUCAACUUGGGUGGGAUGGCAGUAUUCCUUCACUCGAUGGCCAUCAGAUAUAUCGUCUUCGUUCAGCAGAUAUCAGCAGGAGGAUGCCCACGAAUUCCUUCACUGCCUGCUGGAUCACCUCCACACCAGCUGCCUUGACCCCCCUCCAGGUGACAGUGCCUCCUUGUUGCAGAAGACCAGCCUCAUCAAGAGCACCUUCGGGGGCCGCUUGAAGAGUCAGGUACCCACUCCUUGCACCAUCCUUUGAAUUUUGCUAAAGAAAGAAAGAAAGACCCAUUAUUAAUACAUUUCUUCUUCACAAUGAGGAGAGAUGGAGGACAGAAUUGAUUCGCGGACUCUUUAAUGCACACGUAAUAUAUAUGUAAUAAUACUAUUCAUAAAGAGAUGAAGUGAACACCGAAUCUCAGAAAUGAUCCGAAAAAAUUCUUAUAAUCAUUGCUUUGUGUUCCGUGAAGAUGGGAAAUAAAGAGCAUUGUUGUGAUAUGUGAUCUUUUGAAAUAUUUUUAUUUAUGUUAUAUAUCUGAUCUAUGAAAAACAUGAAGUGAACACUAAGAAAAAGGAUGGAAGUGAUUGAAGGAAAAUGGUAACAGUAGUAUUUUUUUUGUUCAUGAAGAUGUGUGUGUGUGUGUGUGUGUGUGUGUGUGUGUGUGAGAGAGAGAGAGAGAGAGAGAGAGAGAGAGAGAGAGAGAGAGAGAGAGAGAGAGAGAGAGAUGAAGGAAUGAUGAGGAAAAUCAGUGGCAACAUGCUCAUGAGAUGCGAUCUGGUGGAGCUUGUUUCAGGUUCAGUGCUGCGAUUGUGGGCACAGGUCGGACACUUAUGAGCCAUUGCUCGAUCUCAGCUUGGAGAUUGAAGAUGCCGGGAGCCUGGAGGAGGCCCUGGAGUCCUUCACCAAGGUGGAGAAGAUUGAAGAUCCAGAGAUCAAGCUCACCUGCGAGGGGUGCGGGGGCCGGGUGUCUGUGGAGAAGCAGUUCACCCUGGAGCAGGUGCCGCCAGUCAUAGCCCUCCACCUCAAGAGAUUCAAGAGCAAUGGGUACUUUGCCGAUAAGAUUGACAAGUUUGUGAAGUACCCAACAGAGCUCGAUCUGAGGCCAUUCCACAGCAACCCCAAAGCCGAGGUGGAGACCACUGAAUCUUUCUCUGGUUCCUAUUGUUUUAUAUACAAUCUGUUCAUAAGACUUAAAAAAGUUUUCUGAUUUGCGUUGAAGGGGGAGCUGAGGUACGAUCUCUAUGCGGCGGUGAUGCAUCAGGGCUGCUCAUCUCUUUACGGGCACUACUACUGCUUCAUCCGCCCCUCCCCGGAUUCAUGGUUCAUAAUGGAUGACGAGAAGGUGGGUAUCAUUGAUUUUCCACCAAAUUUCUCCUCGAGCCCGAAUGAUUUCUCUUUACGACGAUUCUUAAAGAGAGAAUCUUUUAAAGGAAUUCCUGUGAAUUAUUUGGUUGGUGAAGAGAUUACCCCAUGCGUACAGGUUUACAGAGUGAAUGAAGAGAAUGCCCUCACCCAGAACGCCUACAUCCUCUUCUACAUGAAGCGAGGGACUCCCUGGUUCUCGUGCUUCGUGGAGGCUGGUAGGAUGGGCGGCGGUGGGGGCUGCCCAGACGUCGGUAACAGGACCUCCCCAGUGUCAGUCGUCGAUCACGUGGAGGCAGACCAGAGCUCAUCUUCCUCCGACAGUGAGGACCAGGGCGAGGCGUCUGGAGCAGAUGUGGAGCGGCACGCCAAUGGCAGUGAUGCGCCGCCAGAGGCCACCGCAGGGAGCUGGGCUUGUGGCGGUGCUAAUGAUGAAGCCCGUCGCCAGAGCUCGAGUCCAAGCGACUGCCUCCGAAGCGAUAGCAGCCCCACCCAUUGUGAGGGCUCGGAUUGCCUGCCAGAGAAUGAGGAUGAAGAGAAAGUGGACGGUAACGGCGGAUGCAGAGUAUCGCCGCCCUGCACGCCCCGGCAGUCGCCCAAGGAUAAGUUCUUCGAUGAACCAUGGGGUAAUCAUCUCUCUCUCUCUCUCUCUCUCUCUCUCUCUCUCUCGUUUGCUUUUUCUUUCUCUCUCUAAAUAA